AUGGACAGCUCAUUCGACUACAACCAAAUAGAUGUGGACGAUUUUGAUGACUUCUACAAUUUCUGUACCUUAAAGGAGAAGGAGAAAAAAAAAAAUGGGAAAAGGAUCGGGGAAGAGUUUUUCGAGAGGGAUGUGAAAAAUGAAGAAAACGGGGAAGAUGAAGGAGAGUGCGAAGAAAGCACGGAUAAUUUCUCCGUAGACACCACAACCAUGUAUAAAGAAGGAAGUAAGAAAAGUAGAUCAAUUGGAAAAAAUAGCAAAGAAAUAUUACAGACAGGCAAGACUUCGCAUGAGAAGAGGAUGGAUGAAGUGCACACAGAGGAAGAAGAUCGCUUGAUUGGGAGGAGAAUUCUUGAUUUGGAACACAGAUAUGCAUAUGUAGAUGAUGAUUAUCACGAUAUCGGUGCUGAGAUCGAACUUGAGGAUGAAAGUUUGGCGGACGAGCGCAUUUCUAGUUACGACAAGGAUGACCAGUGGAAUAACAUAGAAUACAAAACAAAAAAAAAAAAAAAUCAACAGAUGGAUGGAAAGAACAUGGGUUUCAAUAAUGCACACAGUAGCAAUGGCGACAAUGUGCACUUUCCCCAGGAGAGAAGCAACUGUGGGGACCACACGUCCAACAGGUAUGCUAGUGUAUCGAAAGAAGACUACGAAGAGGAUAAAGAAAAAAUCUACGAAGAUUACAAUGGUAGGAGGAAGUACCCAAGGGAUUGCAGUCAGUACUCGAAUAGUAACUGCGACAGUUACAGUUAUAGUGUUGACAUGACAAGCGUGAGUAAAGGAAAUAAAGAAGAACCCAAAUAUUUUAGAUGUCGUUACUGUGAAAUGGAUUCUGUGGAUAGUGUGGUUCAGUGCAACACCUGUGGUCGAUGGUUCUGUAAUGGAUCCUAUGGUACAUGUGGUAGCCACAUCGUCACACAUCUGGUGAGGUCAAAGCAUAAGGAAAUUAAGCUACACAAGAAGAGCCUACUGGGGGAAACCAUCUUGGAGUGCUAUAACUGUGGGUGCAAAAAUGUGUUUUUACUAGGUUUCCUACCUACUCCUGAGGAGGGAGUCGUUGUCAUUAUAUGUAGAGACCCUUGCUUAGCCAGGUGCAUUUCACUGAGCGAGAAAUGUCAGAAGAGUGGUGAAUUGGAACAAGAGCAGGUGAAAAAAAACGCGGAUAAUUCAACAGGGGAGAAGCAAAAAGAUGGAAAGGAAAACCCCGCUAAACUGAACAACCCAACGGGGAGAGACAUUAAAGGGGAAAAGAAAAAAGCUCUCCCUUAUGAUGAUUUCAACGCGGAAGAGGAGCUAAUUGGCACAGAUGAAGAUGAUGUUGUUAGCACGAAGGAAGACACGGAUAUGGUGAAGAACAAGGGCUACAUAAGCAGCGAUGAUUUUGGUUACAUGAGUGAUCAGGAAAAGGGGAGCGAAGGGGGAAAAAACUCCCAUGGGGUAUUUACGGCGAAGAAGAGUAAUCAAAAAGGAAAGGAGAAAAAAAUGGAACAUGAUGUAAAUCCGAAGGAGGAAGACUCUGAGGCUGGAAGUAGUUAUUGCGCAAGUGUAGGAAACAAUUUAAAGGAGCUUAUAAAGAUGAAGGACUGGGAUUUGAAUAAAUGGCAACCAGUGAUAGAAGACAGGUGUCUACUAGAGUGGCUAGUAAAUAUCCCCACCGCGGAAGAAGCAGAAAGAAAGGGAAAAAGAACCACAUCAUAUAAUGUGAAUAAGUUAGAAGAGCUAUGGAAAAAUAAGAAAGAUGUAUAUAUAGAUGAGUUAGAUGGAGAGAUAUUGAAUGAUGAACCUGUUAAGGUAGAACUAAGGUAUAAAGACGCAUACCAUUAUCAGUCCAUCUUCGCACCAUUAAUUCAAUUGGAGGCGGAUUAUGACAAAUCGAUAAAGGAGGGUCAGAAGCAAGCAAAUGUUACAGUGCGUUGGGAUAUAGGAUUGAAUAAAAAAAGAUAUGCCCAUUUCAUUUACGUGAAGGAAGAAAGUGAACUAAGGUUAGUAGCAGGAGAUGAAUUAAAAUUAUCAUAUACUUAUCCUGACGGAACGAUAUGGAGUUGCGAAGGACACAUUUCUAGAAUUCACAACACGGAGGAAAUAGCCUUAGAAUUAAGAACCUCCAAUACGGCUAAUGGACCAUGGGUAGAUAACAUAACGACUGGGUACACAGUGGAGUUCGUUUGGAAAAGUACAGCAUAUGAUAGAAUGCAGUUAGCGUUAAAUGAAUUCGCACAAAAUUCCUACUCACUCAGUGGGUACUUAUAUCAUAAACUGCUUGGCCACGAAGUAUCAGAAGAUUCAUUAAAUUAUUACAAGGCAGCAUUGACCAAUCAGAUCCAUGGGAAGAGAACUCCACGUAUUGCAAAUUACUCCGCCCCCAACUUAGCUGCACUUAAUCAUUCACAAAUUGAUGCUAUAAAGAAAAGCUUAGUAUCACCGUUAUCCCUAAUUCAAGGACCACCAGGUACAGGGAAAACAUUAACCUGUGCUACUUUGGUGUAUCAUUUGUCCAAGACGAAAAUGGGAAAAGUGUUAGUGACUGCUCCUAGUAACGUUGCUGUGGAUCAGCUGUCAGUAAGAAUACACAAGACUGGACUAAAGGUAGUACGACUGUGUGCCAAAAGUAGAGAAUACGUACCGAGCAUUGCAGAUUAUUUGUACUUGCAUAAUCAGAUGAAAUUGAUAAAAUCAGAUAUUGGAGAGGAAUUGAAUAAAUUACUUGAACUGAAGGAGGAAGUAGGAGAAUUAUCACAGAAGGAUGAAAGGAGAUUAAAAAAGUUAAUUUUUUUCGCAGAAUAUAAAAUAUUGGUAGAGGCAGAUGUAAUAUGUACUACCUGUGUUGGUGCCAUGGACAAACGAUUGAAACGUUUUCGAUUUAGUCAAGUGUUAGUUGAUGAAGCAACUCAAUCAACAGAACCGGAAUGUCUAGUACCACUUGUUACCGGAGCUAAACAAAUUGUACUAGUUGGAGAUCACUGUCAGUUAGGUCCCAUAAUAGUUUGUAAGAAGGCAGCAAAUGCAGGGUUGGGAAAGAGUCUAUUCGAAAGAUUAGUUAUGUUGGGUAUUACCCCUUUCAGGUUAGAGGUUCAGUACCGUAUGCAUCCUGCUUUAAGUGAGUUUCCAUCGUACGUUUUCUAUGAUGGUUGUCUCCAAAACGGAAUCACAUUGAAGGAACGAGAAUAUCCUCUGAAGGACUUCCCAUGGCCGAAUCCAAAAUGCCCUAUGUUCUUUUACAAUUCCACUGGGUUGGAAGAAAUGUCGGCCUCCGGGACGAGCUACUUAAACAGAGCAGAAGCGUCCAACAUGGAGAAGCUUGUCAGAACUCUCAUCAAUUGUGGGCUGAAGCCAAGCCAAAUUGGGGUGAUAACACCGUAUGAGGGACAGAGAGCUUACAUAACUUCCCUUUUUCAGAAGAACAUUUCUUACCAACAUUCCACAGAGAUAGAAGUGGCAUCUGUGGAUGCAUUCCAAGGAAGGGAAAAGGAUUUCAUCCUUCUCUCUUGUGUUCGAUCGAACAAGAAAUUAGGAAUUGGUUUUUUAAAUGACCCAAGGAGGUUAAACGUAGCAUUGACGAGGGCCAAGUAUGGGUUGAUCAUAUGUGGUAAUGCCAAGGUGCUGUCCAGGCAUCACGUAAUGAUAAAAAAAUUACAUAACUCGAAUGAGACCAUCACGAAUGUGAACUCCGUCUGGAUUAAUCUCCUCAGUCAGUUUAAGAAGAAGGAUCUAAUUGUCGAGGGUUGUUUAUCGAAUUUGAAGCCUAUGAACAUUCAUAUCCCGACCCCGACAAAGCAGCCCUCGAGGUACAUCAACUUCAGUUAUUUCCUAUCUAGCGAAAGACCCUUCCGUGGGGGCGUGUUCUCAGAAAGAAGCAGGAGCAGGAGCAGGAGCAGAAGCGUUGGAAGUGAUAAAAGUGGUAAAACAGGUAGAAGUGAAGGAAGCCACGCUGGUAGUGAUGACUGUAAGACCCAAAGUAGCAGUUCUUUCAUACACAUGAAUAUGUCAAACCUUAGCUACUGCAGUGAUGAGGUGGUGCUGAACAAGGACAUCCUCAGUUACAUGCAUCAAAGGCAAGGUGGUGGAAUCAAACAGAUGGGAAAAUCCUACAUAAAUAAUUUAAGUCAGGGUUCCCAGUUCAAUGACUAUUCUUCUGUAAAUAAAAAUUAUCAAAGUGAUAACUUCUCGAAUUAUGAGGCUGAGUCUUCCAUUUCAGUUAGCACGAACAAAUAUGCUAACCAAAAUUUGAUGUGCUACAAUAGAGGCAGUUUGAGUGAGGAACGAAAGAAUCAUGUAGCUAGCCAUUUUUCGAAUUCCCAUUUUAGAGAAAACUACGAUGGCGGCUUCAUGAGGAAGUCUGAUAUGUUUGCUUACCCGUUCUACUACGGAAGUAAGAGAGAUCCCUCCAGUUUACACAACGGACAGGGUGGAUACAGAUCGCACACUGGGAAAAACGCGUAUACAUCGCAUAAUCCGCGUAAGCCGCGCAGUAAUGGCGGCCACCAUGGUUACGUGAAACAGAACCUCGGCAAUACAACAGAACGAAGAGCAUAUCGAAAUAGAAAUGUAUGA